AUGACACAAGGUAAGCGGCCAGCUCGUGAUCUACAGGGUGGCACGGUGCUGGACUUCGAUUUCUUAUUCGAGGAGUUCGACAUGUCUCCGACUCCGGGGCCCACUCAGGCGACCGCUGAGGAGCCAUCUCAGGAGCCCGUCAACACACAAGUUCAUUCUUCUGCGCCUGUAGACCCGUCUCCUGCUCCAGCACCAUCUACAUCUCCGACUCCGAGGCCCACUCAGGAGUCCGCUGAGGAGCCAGCUCAUGAGCCCCCUAAGGAGCCCUCUAGGCAUCCAUCUCAGGAGCCCGUUCAUUCUUAUGCGUUUGUGAACCCGUCUCCUGUUGAGAUUGAGCCAUCUCUUGAGGCUCACAUUUCGGCUACCGUCGUCUCCCAUAGGAGGCAUGUUUUGAACAAGCCCCCUAGGAAGGAAACGCAGGAUGAUCACGCUAUACAACAUGUACAUAUUAAGAGGAAGAGGGGGGAUGGAGAUGAUGGUGAGAGUGGUGGGGGUGGUGGGGUUCGCCUUAGGCCUAAGGUUAUUCUAAAGCCUCCCAUAUGUGAGACCUAG